GUGGGGUUAAAAAACUCAGCAAAAAAGUGUCCUAAUUUAAUUGAUUUACACUAAACUUACAUAAUUACAUGGUUAAAACGACAUUGGAUAAUUAGCAAUUAGUCCAUUGAAUACGUUUCAUCUGAACAAGUUCAAAUUUUGUGGGAUUUUGCAUAUGCCAAUAACGCGGCAGCGUUGAGCCCCUCGAAGUGCAAGCGAGAAAGCAACAAACACGAAGCGCAGAGCAAAACAAAGUUCGCUAACCGGCAGAUAAGGCAGAAUAUGAAGCAGAGGGCGAGAGUGAGAGUAAAUGAAUGAUAAGAGCCGCCAACGACAAUUGAAGCAGAACACACACACAAACACACACACCCACUCGUAUAUAGAGGCCCUUAUAUACAACACACACACACACAGACACAACAGUUGCGGCGCUUAAUCAAUUAGCUGGACACUGUCAGCGGAGGCGCCGUAGAAGUCCAUUUCUGCUUUGACCGUCGACAGUCGCGUGCGUAGAUAGCGUUUGCCGUCGGCCGCGGACAUCCUCACCAACCUCCUCCAUCAUGCCUUCCAACGAGUUGCAGUCGCCCACCAGCGAAAUGGUGCUGCUCACCCCCAACUCAGAUAAUCCGCCCAGCAUAGUCGCUGCUGCCGCCAAGGAUCAGCCACGCGAGGGCUCCGCCGAGUCGGACAACAGUCGCGUGGUGAUGAAGAAACAGCUGGGCCUGCUGGAGGGUGUGGCCAUCAUCCUCGGCAUUAUCUUUGGCUCUGGCAUCUUCGUCUCCCCCAAGGGCGUGCUACGCGAGGUGGAGUCCGUGGGCGCUUCGCUCAUCAUUUGGGUGCUGUGCGGCCUGCUGUCCAUGAUUGGUGCCCUGUGCUACGCGGAGCUGGGCACUGCCAUACCCAAGUCGGGCGGUGAUUACGCGUACAUCUUCGAGGCCUACGGAUCGCUGCCGGCUUUCCUAUAUCUCUGGGAUGCAAUGAUGAUAUUUGUACCCACAACAAAUGCCAUUAUGGGACUGACGUUUGCCUCCUAUGUGCUGGAACCCUUCUUCGAUAGCCCCUGCCAGAUACCGAAGAUUGCCCUGCAGCUGCUGGCCGCUGUGACCAUAUGCUUCCUCACCUACCUCAAUUCGUACUACAUGAAAGUCACAACGAAGAUGCAGAACAUCAUCAUGUUCACCAAGAUUGCCGCUCUCGUGCUGAUAAUCGUCGUGGGCCUGGUGUGGAUGCUCAUGGGCAACAUGGAGAACUUUGAUAAGCCCUUCGAGAACACUGAGACUGAUCCCGGCAAGCUGUCGCUGGCCUUCUACUCGGGCAUCUUCUCGUAUGCCGGCUGGAACUACUUGAACUUCAUGACGGAGGAGCUGCGCGACCCGUACCGCAAUCUGCCGCGUGCCAUCUACAUCUCCCUGCCUCUGGUCACUGGCAUCUAUGUGCUGGCCAAUAUGGCCUAUCUGGCGGUGCUCACCCAGUCCGAGAUGCUGGCCUCCAAUGCCAUCGCUGUGACCUUUGGCGAUAAAAUUCUCGGUGGAUUUUCUUUGAUCAUACCCAUCAUGGUGGCCAUCUCGGCCUUUGGCGGCCUCUCAGUGCACAUUAUGACCUCGUCGCGCAUGUGCUUCGUGGGCGCCCGCAAUGGGCAUAUGCCGGCAAUUCUGUCCCACAUCAGCGUGAAGAGCUACACGCCGCUGCCAUCGCUGGUUUUUCUGUGUUUUCUCUCCAUUCUGAUGCUGGUGGUGAGCGAUGUUUAUGUGCUGAUCACCUACAGCAGCAUUGUGGAAUCGUUCUUUAUCAUGCUCUCGGUGUCCGCUGUCCUGUACUUCCGCUACACGCGCCCCUGCAUGGAGAGGCCAAUUAAAGUCUCUUUGUGGAUACCCGCUGUGUUUGUUGUAGUGUGCGCCUUCCUAGUGGUCGUGCCCAUUUAUGUGGCGCCCGAUGAGGUCGGCAUGGGUGUAUUAAUCACCCUAAUUGGCAUACCAUUCUACUAUGUGGGAGUCGUGUGGCAGAAUAAACCGAAAUGGCUGGAGCGCACGAUUGACUCUCUGACCUACACGUGCCAGAAGCUCUUCCUGUCCGCCAAGGAGCAGAAAGAGGAUUAAACAAAGACAAACCGCAAACAUGCAUCACAUGGAACACAUCACAACUCAGUACAGCCGGCAAAAUUUGUACCUUUUUCUAUAUUUAUACCUACACAAAGCAGCUGGCGGGUGAAGAGUGGAAUCUACCAAAAAAGAAAACCCCACAACAAAGUGAAAAAGUCAAUAUGUAAUGAAUCUUGGGACUUGCUUGGAACUAAGUGAAAAUCUUUUAUAUAUUUACAUACAACAUUGACCUUAAGUGCAAACAAAAACAUGUCGAAUAGUAGUUUAUAGUUCUUAGCUCAGACCAAACGCUUCUUAGACUUUAUUUCGACUGAUUUUUUGUUCAAAUUCGAGACCAAAACUGUUUUGCCAAAGUUGGAAUUUUCAGUUCUAAAAUCUGCCAUUUAUUAGCGGUUCCUUAACCACUAUUUUGUUGCAUUUCUAAUUUGUUAAUGCGUCCCCCCCUUAUUUAAAUUAUU